AUGAUUCAAUUAGCUCCUGAAUUGAUCGACAAGAUUCUAGGCUACCUCCCCAAAAGAACCAGAGAUGCUUUCUAUAAUAUUCCCAAUGAAACUCGUGAUUUUCCUGCAGUUUAUCAAUUAGGUUUGGGAUUCGGUGGUGUUUUAGUUAAUUCAGUUUCUACCUAUAAGAAAUAUGGUGCUCUUCAUCCUAGAACCAACUUCAUUGAUAUAGAUGACUUCAUACAGUAUUAUAAUUCACCACCUUUCAUUCCUAGUCCCAAAAGGUUGGCUAUAUAUGAAGAUAUGAAAUACCAUGAGUUAAACUUUCCUGAUAAUAUCCAUUAUAUGGAGUCAUCUUUUGAUACAAAUGUCAAGUCAAAAUUGACGGUAUACAAUCUGAUUGCUAAUCCGCUCCUGCUUUUGGAUCUGCUGGUCAAAGAAAUAGAUGAGUUGACUGCUGAUUACAGAAAUUUUGAUGAUUCACUUAUAGAUAGAUAUUCGGUACAGAAACUUUUUAUCGAAGCAGAAGAUGGGAAGUUGGCUAAGCUCGAGAAUACAAAGAUUCCCGUUGAACUAUUAAUAAAUAAUCCUUUGCAUGAUGUUAGGGGUCUUCCUCAGUGUCUUACAGUUCUACGUUUGACAAUAAGUGAAGACCUCAAAGAUAUUGAUUUAUCCUAUUUGAAGAACUUGGAAGUAUUACGUCUUUCACUUGAUGGUUCAAACACUGAUUUCAAAUUGAAAUGUCCUGAAAGUUUGGUGAAAUUUUGUGUAUCAUGUAGUGAUGAUAUUACUUUCUCGGGUAAUGUCUUGUUACCACCAACAUUGAAAUAUGCUCAAUUUCAUUUAUUCAAUUUGAAUCAUGAACUACCAGAAGACUUAGAAACUAUUGAUCUCGUAAUGUGUGAAGUCAGUUACAAAAUUCCAAAAGGGGUUAAAACAGUAUAUCUCGAAAGUUGUGUUUUCAUGGAACCCUUGGAGUUACCUCCAUCAUUAGAGUCAUUGAACAUAGUGAAUGUUGAGACUAUACCUCAAGAUUUACUGCACCUUACAAAGUUGAAUUUUUUGGUUAUUGAAGUGGAUGAUAUAUUUCUGGUGAAUCCACCCAUCUCUGAUCCUAUCAUUUUACCCCCAAGUCUUCGAUACUUGAAAUGUACCGUUUCAGAGUUCAAUUUUAAAAUGAAUGAUGGAUUGAAAGAUGUUUCCUUCUUGCUGAUGAACCCACUUAUAGGGACAUUCCCAUCUUCAAUAAAACAUCUUGAAUUAGGAGAAACCACAUACGAAAAUAUCCGGAACUUACCUCCCAAAGUGGAGACGCUAGAAUUAUUAAGUAUGACUAGCUCAACUGGUGAACCCUGGAUUCUACCAUCAUCUUUGAAAAUGUUAUUCAUACUUGCUUGUGAUAUUCAGAACAUAAUUUUCAAUGAAGGAUUAGAAUUUCUACAGAUUGAAGGAUGUUUUAUAACCCAACAGAUCAUAGAUAAUUUUCCAAAAUCACUAAAAACAUUGAUUUUGACUCACAACCCUUUGGAUCAGAAUAUCUCCUUUGAUUUCUCCAAGUUAUCUAUCCGAGAAUUAGUGGUCUCAGAUCUUAAUGGUGUCACUGGUUUGAUAUUACCACCAAGUCUAAAAUUACUUUGUUUCAUUCGACACGGUGAAGGGUUCAUAGAUUAUGGAUUCGAACCUGAUUAUAGUCGUGUUAGAGAAGCUAGAAUUCUUGAUGAAACUUCAGGUACUUCUCAUUGGAUUGUAAAUGGUGUAUUAAAGAGCAAUUCAUGUGAGAGUAUUGCCGAAGCUUUAGCAGCAUUAUGA